GCGAGCCCAGUCCGCGCCGCCCCGCGCCCGCUCCACUCGCCGCCGGCUCGCUGGGCGUGGGGAGGGCGGCGAGCACGCAAGCCGAGCGGCUGACGUGGGACGAGCUGCCAGGUAGCGGAAGCAGCCAGCCGCCGGCGGAGACACUUCGCAGCGUGGCAGCCCGGGUCUGCGCCUGAAGCCUCCGGAUCCCAGCCAGCUUUGGUCCAACCCUCGCCAGUCGCAAUCCCCAGUGCCCAAGCCAGUCUUCGCUGCGAGCGGCAGCAUGCGUGCAGUGUCGCGCCCCGGGCUCUGAAAGCAGCCUGUGGACACGCUUGCUUGCCUGUCUUUUCAGGUUUUGGGGCUCUUGGCUACACGAAUGUGCCUCCCUCCCUUGGCAUGAUGGGGAUCUUUUUGGCGUCUGUUGGAUUUGUGUUCUUUUCCGUGUUAUAUGUACAACAAGGGCUUUCUUCUCAAGCAAAAUUUACCGAGUUCCCGCGGAACGUGACUGCGACCGAGGGACAAAAUGUGGAAAUGUCCUGUGCUUUCCAAAGCGGCUCUGCUUCAGUGUACCUGGAGAUCCAGUGGUGGUUCCUUCGGGGACCAGAGGACCUGGAGCAUGGGACUGAAGCGGCUGGCUCUCAGGUGGAGCUCUUACCCGACAGAGACCCGGACAACGACGGGACCAAGAUAAGUACAGUGAAAGUCCAAGGCAAUGACAUCUCCCACAAGCUUCAGAUUUCCAAAGUGAGGAAAAAGGAUGAAGGUUUAUAUGAAUGCAGGGUGACUGAUGCCAACUACGGGGAGCUACAGGAACACAAGGCCCAGGCCUACCUGAAAGUCAAUGCCAACAGCCAUGCUCGGAGGAUGCAGGCCUUUGAAGCCUCACCUAUGUGGCUACAAGACAUGAAGCCUCGAAAGAAUGCAUCAUCAGUGGUUCCCAGCAGCAUCCACAGCUCUGCCAACCAACGAACGCAUUCCACCUCCAGCCCUCAAGCGGUAGCCAAAAUCCCCAAACAAAGUCCACAAUCAGUGCAUGCCAAGACAUUCAUGAGCACCAGAGCCAAGCUGGCGAGCUAAUUAAAUAUAUAUAUAUAUAUGUAUAUGUUUAAAACAGCCUAAUAAGGAGCAUUGGAAAUCUUCAAGAUGAGCGAAUAUCUUAUAACUUCUUCCGCAGGUGCGAGGAUAGCUACAAGCCAUGGACUUUCUGUCCUGCUUCUUGUUUGUGGCUUUGUGAAGGGUGCUUUGCUUUAAUCUAAAGUGCUGACUUUUUUCCAAUAUCACUUUCUCUUCUUAAAGCAAAGAGCAAAUCGCCUGUAAAAUCUACGGAGCGGACAGCAAAGUUGACCCUAAACUCCAAGCACCAUUCUGCACCCCUGUACUCUAGUUACCUACACAAGGAGCGUCAGCUUCCGGAAGCAUAAGUGAAGAGGCUAACACAUGCUUUAUUGAUAGUAUUUUCUUUGGGAAGUGGCUGAUCUUUUAUUUGAAGAGAAUUAAUGUGAAGCGAUAGGACAUUUUCUAAUAACAAGAUCUAUUUUUUCCUCUUCUUUCAACAAAUAAAAAUCUACAUUUCACUGACUGCUCAAGAGUUGGCCUGAAAGUCAUCAGUAUAGUAAAUACUUCCAUGGAUUUCACCAAUUUCCUACCAAGGGACACCUAAUCUGAACAAAGCAAACAAAGAUGGAAAGCCUAAGAAAUGUAAAUUAUCUUCAAACAGCACCCCAGCUGGGGGGAAAAAAAACAAAAACAAAACAAAACAAAAAUUGCCGGACACUGCAAAUCAACAACAGGCAACCUUUAUUUUACAUAAGGAAGAAUCAAAGCAAGUUUUGGGUUGUUUUUUUUUUUUUUUUAAACUUCUUUUUCCCCCUUGGAAUUUUUCUUGGAGUUUCCCUUCUUUUCCUCAAUCGCCGUCCUUGUUCUGUGGUAGCAAGUGCCAAUUAUGGCCAAUUCUAGUCAAUCCUGGGAGGUUUAUAUUCAUACAUAUUGAGUGUGCUAUAUUUCAAUGUAUUUUAAUUCAUUUUGCAAUUUCUGUAAUGCAAACCUGGCAAAUUCUGUAAAUUGCUUAUAGUAUGUGUGAUGUGACCUCAAGGUAGAUAGAUAUGACCCUCAUGCAAGCUGACUUUCUUCAUUCUAUAUACAAAUAUAUACAUGAGCAUAUAUUAGGCUACCAACUUCUUUUCCUAAAGCAUUCUUUUUCAUCUGUAACUCAUGUAUUGUGUGAGUUUUGUAGCGUGUUUCUCUGUUCCACUGGUUUGACAACUAAGGUUUGUCUCUGUUGUCCUCUGCUUCCUCCUAGAAAAUGCAUAUUUAAAUUGUAUAUGUCUCUGAUAAAUGAAUUACUUUUGUUGUGUGUAUGCCAUGUUGGAAUUUGCUGUGUUCUUUUACAUGUGUGCUUAUUGAGGUUUGGGGAUCUCGAGUCUGAAGAAUGCACAUCCUGGUUUUGACAGAUCUUGUCAUGUUAUCAAUAUUCUAUCUCAGAAAUAGAAUGAGGCCAAGUGGGAAAGCUGAAGAAGACAUUUUGACUCCUCAGGUUCCUGGAAGAGCACUUCACACUCAGAGUAAAUAACGCUGCUUCCUUGGUUCUUCAAGAAUUUUUGUAGCUUUGUCAUUCUGUUAUUUGCUGCUAAUUAUAUUUUAAUGUCUACUAAUUAAAAUUUAAAAUGUGAUUGUUGGCUGAAUAUAAUAUGCAAAUGACUGCAAAGCCCAUACUGAAGAAGAUAGGUGUUCAAUCUUCACUCAUUAAUUAUAAUUUUAAAUAUUCCAUGGUUAUUUUUGACUUUAUGAUAUUUUGUUUAGACCUAUUCCAAAUAAAUCUUUCUCUGGUAAAGAAAGAUACAACAACUAAUACAAUCCUUCCUCCAAAAUAUAAUAGUUAUGGUUUGAGAAAGAAUGCAUCCAGAUAGUCUUCCAGAAAGAUUACUUUAUUUACAUUUAUUAUAAAUUCAGAACACCAUCUAUUUAGGAAUGGCCCAUUCCCAGCUUAAGGUCCUAAAUUGAAGCUUAAAGGCUAUGAAUACCUUUGAUUUUUUUUUUAAGGUAAAGGGCUGGACUCUGCCAUUCACUUAUAAGCAAUGUGCAUAUUUUCAUAACAUUCUUGACAUUUUCUUUUAAGAAAUAUUGCUUUAGGCUAAAUCUUUCCUUGUCAUUUUCUUGUUUCAUUUGAUUCAUUAUUUCAUUCUAAUGAGAAAAAAUAAAGGGUUAAUUGUGAUACUUUAUUAACAUAAAAAUGUAUUUUCUUUCAAAGUUAAAGAUCUGAAAGUUGUAUAAAAUGAUGAUAGGUAAAUAUUGCCUGUUAAGUCUCUUUGAGCUUUAAGAGUUCCAUACAUUGAGGCAUAUAUUAAUAUACUGAUUUAAUGUCAACCAAACUGGAAAAACCAUCAUGUAUUAUAUUUUUACUCCAUGUCCAGUUAAUGAUAUCAGCCAAUUCUACAGUAAGCCAAACUUGUACCCAUAUCAGUAAUGUUCACCAUGCUUGUAAUAAAAGAGCACAUGCUAGUUUGGGAAGAAUGCUCACUAGAUUCAUUGUAUCAGUGUCCAAAGUAAUAAAGACCUGUUUAUCACUGUGUGACCAAAGUCCAGCCCAUCAUCCACUUUGAAAAGAGAUUAUGACAUAGUAUCUGUUUGUUCCAAACUCAAAAAAGAGUAUGGAACUUUAAACAUUAGAGCAGAAAAUACAGCUGUCAAUGGGAAUUUCUAAACAUCUGAACACUAUAUUAUAUUCCUUUGGGACUAUAAUUUUUAUGUAGCCAUGACUAUGGAAGUGAAUAGAAAUGCAAAAGUAAAGUAUCUGGCUUUCUCAACCUUGUUUUCAAGGUAAUAUAGUACCUUUUAUAAGACAGAGUUAUAAAAAGCUGAAAUUUCUUACAUGAGUUUAAGUUAGAUACUUUAUUCCUUAAAGACUUUUGGGCAGUUAACAAAGUGAAGGAGGCAAAUGAAAUUACUCCUGAACAAAAGAAAAUAAUAGAAUUCUCCAGAACAGAAGCUGUAAUCUGAGUUAGUAAGUAAGCUUCAUAGGGUCUAGGAACGCGCCCUGUUUACCGUCAGCCCUACAUGUCCUUAAACAGCACACUGUAGCAACCAUCUGUGUGGUGUUUGUGCUGUAUUAGGCAAAACAAUCAGAGAUGAUUUAACGUACAAGAGGCUAUGUGUAUCGUGUUCAAAGACUAUGCCAUUUUAUCUAAAAGACUUGAGUACUCACAAAUUCUGAUAGCCAGUGAUUGGCUUGUACAGCCAUCUAUCUACAAGAUGCUAGGUGGAGAGCUAUACAUGUAUGGUUUUACUGAUAUUCAUUUUAUGGAGAUAGUCCUUGGCAUGAAUUACUUCUGAAAAGCAAUUUAAUUGUGAUUUCCUUGCCUGAGAAAGAAAUAUAUAAAUGAUUUUAAGAACCUAAGAAGUCCUCAUUACUAUGUUUUUGAAGUGGUUUACCUUGAAGUUCUCAGAAACAAAGUGUUCAGAAAAAUAUAUUAGUAUACACACAUAUACACAUAUUUGGCAAAUAAAAUGUAUAUUUUUAAGCCUAGAAAAAUUUUUAAAUUUAUUAUACAUGGGAUGGAAUAAUAAAUAUAGAGUAAUAUUUGUUGACUUUUUACAACAGAUGCUAAUUAAAAAAAAAAAGGAAUGGUGGCACAUUCCUGUAACCACAAGACUCAGGAGGUUGGAAUAGGAAAAACAUGAGUUCAAGCCCAACCUGUCUACAAUCUGAAUCAUUAAAAAAUAAAAUGUGCUAGUUUAAUUUUGCAAAAAAAAAAUCCUCACACAGAUAUUAUUCCUAUAUUAAUCCUAUAUAGGAAAUAAAAUAUUGACUGUGGUGUUAAUUUGUAUAAAAAUAAUCACAAGAGGUAAAAGCAAUCUUCCUUGAGAUAAUACAUAAACUGAUGAUUGUAUCAUAGAAUUAAGACUAUGAAGUUAAAAACUGAAUGCUCUAAGUUUCAAGUAUUUAUACCAAGCAAUUUUAUUUUUAGAACUGUUCAUUAGUAAAGGGAGUUCUCUGUCAUUCAGGAAAUGUCAGCCAUGAUAUAGAUAAGUUCUUUCCCUGUAUGUAGUGAGAGACAAGAGGAAAGCAUUCAAAAGCAAUAAAAUGUGUGAUGCCAAUAAUUUCUGUGAAGACCCAAUCAGAGAAGAUAAAAGGGAGUGACUGGGAUGUCACAGGAGGUUACUCUAGGGGUGCAGUUAUGCAAUCCUAAAUGAUAAGAAGCAGAAGAUUUGGGAAAUGUAUCUUCAGGGAGAGGGAAUAUCCCAUGCCAAACACCUGGAGCAAACUUCAGGUAGAGUUGUCCAAGGCAUAGUCUGUGAACAUGGGCAUGCAGAGAAAGAGAGGCAGGAGAGGGACCUGAGAGAGCCUGAGGCAGGAUUACAUAAGGGAUCUUCAGAGAAUGCUGAGCCCUGGGGGAGCAAACAAAGCAGAGCUAGAUCUUGCGAAGAUCUCACUUCCAGGUUUGAUUCUGCCCUCACAAGACAGGUUUUUUCUGCCUGAAGCUUAGUCAGUUAAUCAUGUUAGCAACACUCUUUGGGAAGAACACUGAAGUUUCCAAAUUGUGUGUGUGUGUGUGUGUGUGUGUGUGUGUGUGUGUGUGUGUGUGUGUCUGGCUGUGUGUCUGACUGUGUGUUUGUGUGUGCAUGUUGAGGACAGAGGAAUAUGCCAGGAGUCAUGUUCUGUCAUUCUCCACCCUCUAUUCCCUUGGGACAGGGUCACUCAAGGAGCCUGGAACCUGGCUGGAAGACAGCACACCCCGGAAUCCUCCCGUCUCCUGUGUUUACAGGCAUUCUCAGCCACACCCACACUCAUGCAGCAUGUGAUUUUAGGCACUGAAACUUCGCCAUAGUCCCAAAUUGGUUACUUUUAUACUGAUACUGUGGGAAUUCAGGAGAUGUGAGAUAUUAACAUGUUUUAAAUGCUAAAAUACAGUUGAAACUUUUCAGGGGCAAGACAGGGAAUUGAAAAGAUAAUUGGGACUGUUUGGAAUAUGGUAAGGAACUAAUGACUGUAACUGCAUUCAUGAUUUAAAAUAAAAGCAUGGGUACAUUUGCCUCCCUCUAGUUUAAGCUAUCUGCUGUUAGCCAUACUUUAAAAUUAGCCAAUGGAAGCCUCCCAAACAAUUCAUGAAUUUACAGUGUAUGUUAUUCUGAGUAGUGUAAUAAACUGCACAUCACUCUAUGAAUCAUUCUUUUAUUCAAGAACCACAUACUAUAUAUAGCCGUUAGGUACUUAGUAGCCAUCCCAGUUAGCAGAUGCACUGUGGUGGUACCCUGGGGCUUGUGUUCAACUGACCACUGUCACAAGAGAAGUGAUGAUAGCAAUUCAGUUGUGACAAAGAGCACCUGUGAAAUGCUUACUCUAAAUAGAAAGAUGAAAUUUCUCAACUACAUCAAAGAUAAAUACAUAUAGAAAAAACAGUCUGCAUUAUUCUGUACUACCUGUGACAUCGGGCAUCUGCUGGGGAUUUUGGAACAUAUCCCACUCUGUAAUGAAGAAGAGGGGAGGGACUGCCUUAUUCUAAUGGAAAGGGCAGACAGAUUGGAAGAACAGAUACUCCUAGACAUUUAUUGGAAAGACUGUCUUUUAAAAGGUAGAGAGAGGAGAAUUUAUUAUGUCACAUGUCCAUGCAUACCUAUACCCACAGACUUAUUUUUAAAUAUAAGAAAUUAAGAUGUUGGAGUUCUCCACAAC